UAAUUGGAAGUUUUAAAUGGUAGUGUUCCAGUUCAGUGUUACUUAACUUGUAUUUGGAGUGCAUACUUGUUUACAAAACAAACAAUAAUGCUCCCGACUCCGCUACUGCUAAUACUAUUUAUUGUACAAGGUUUCAGAUUUCAGCAAGCACAUAAAGAAUGUGAACCGGGUCAUGGUGGUCCUUCGUGCAAUAUCUCCUGUCCAGACAACUGCAUUACCUGUUCAGAUCAUGCUACAUGCAGCACGUGUAAAGCUGGGUAUUACAACGGAAGGCAGUACGAUAACAUCAAUUAUCCUGAAGUUCUUGAUUGCAGUCUUAAAUGUAGGCAAAAUUGCAUCUCCUGUUCAAAAUUUGGCAAUUGCACUGAAUGUAAACGAGGGUAUUUUGGCAUUAUUUGUGAUCAAAAGUGUUCAUCAAAUUGUGCUAUUUGUGCGUCAACUGACAAAUGUACCGAGUGUGUAACUGGAUUUUACAAUCGCAAAUACAGUUGUUAUCAUUGUAUAAGUAACUGUCUUUCAUGUAGAGAUCCUUUCUACUGCCGUACGUGCAAUAGCGGUUUUUAUGAUUAUAGAUGUCACCGGAAAUGUGAAAUAGGGUGUCUUAGCGAAGAGUGUUAUAUUAGAUCUGGUCGUUGUCUCUGUAAGGAUAAUUUUACAGGUUACAGGUGUGACAGAUGUGUCACAGGAAGAUAUGGAAAACUGUGCAAUUUCACUUGUCCUAACUGUAUUUGUGACAGAGACACAGGUCAGUGUACUAGCUGUAACAACGGCUAUUUUCUAAGCAACACUACAUGUGUUAGUUGUGAAAAGGGAACAUGGGGCCAAGAUUGUAAAAAUAACUGUUCAGAAAAAUGCGUAGAAUGUAGCCCUGAAAAUGGAAUAUGUACUGUGUGUUCUGACGGAAAAUAUGGUAACGACUGUUCUCAAAGUUGCAGUACAAACUGUAUGACAAGAAACAACGUGCCUGUUUGUGCAGCAGAAAAUGGCGCUUGUCUUAAGGGCUGCAGCACUUUAGACAAACAUGGUGAAUUUUGUAAUCUAACAUGUGGUUCAAACUGCAAAGAUGGGACAUGUGACUGGAAGUCUGGAGCGUGUCUUCAUGGAUGCACGAUUAAUUAUUUUGGUGAGUUUUGUGAGAACAUGUGCUCCAUCUCUUGUGCACCAUCAUCUGAUCGCCGCUGUUUCAGCCGGAACGGAACAUGUACAGAGGGAUGUUUUCCAGGUUAUUACGGGCCGAAAUGUUUGCAGAAAUGUAAUGACAAUUGUCUGAACAAUGUGUGUGGUAGAGAAAACGGACAUUGUUCCCAUGGAUGUAUUCAAGGAUUCACUGGAGAUACUUGUACCUAUAUCACACAUUCCGCUAAGCAGAAAGACAACACUAAGUCGUCUACAGAUACAGGUGCGAUUAUUGGUGCGGGGAUCGGUGGUGCAGCCGGGAUGUUAGUGAUUGUUGGUGGUAUUCUCCUCAUUGUUUUCUGUCUCAGGGGACGAGUAAGGAAUAAGGAGAACUCAAAUAGUUCAGACCCAACAGGUGAAAGGAAUGAUGACGAGUCAGCGCCUGGGUAUGCAGAAGAGGCACGUGUUGCUGCGGGUAACGGGGUGGGAAAUACUGCUGCUGAAACUUAUCAGAAUGUACAAGAAAGUGUUACUGUCAACACAAACAUGUAUGAGCAACUGCAAGAUAGAGAUAAAAGUGAGCAACAAUAUGAAAUGGUUUCCGACACGAUAUACCAAAAUACCAGCCGUUAGCAAAUGGGAUAUAUACGACUGGAUAGGAUUAUAAAGUGCGAGAAGAUGACUUGACUGUUACAAUUUAAAUUACGUACUCUUUAUGUAUAAUUGUGCAAAAGGUAAUUCAUUUAAACCAAGAGCGUGUCUUUACAUGUCACCAAACCGCCACAUCAAGCUCUAAUUGUAAACAGUUGCAUGCAUGCAUUGUAAAUAACAAGCACUCUAAUAAAUCGCGUGUAUGAAAAAUAUUUAGUGUGUAGUAUAGACAUUUUCAGUAACGUAUUUUGAAAAAGUCUUUGAAUUUCACGUUUUCGUUCAGUCAGAUGACCAAACAUUUUAUACAGAUAUCAUUUGCAAUGUUGGCUACAUUUUCACUUUUCAGUUUGAUCUUUUUAGUUCUAAUUUUCCGUGAACUCUGGAUGAAUUACGUCCAGCCUUCAACAUCAUUUUCAAGACAUAACAUAUUACUAUAUGUAAUUACUGCUCUUUGUUUCUUAAUUUCUGCUUUACGAAGCUUUCCCUUUAGUUCUGAUGCCUGGAAUGAUGAUUUCCAAAGAUAGUUUGAAUAUUAUUGUUAAAUUUUCUGGUUCUUUAGGAUCUGGGUGUUGCACAUUUAUUUCUCAUGCAUGAACUGAGUAUGUGAGUAUGUUAUAAUAUUGCUUGGUUGUGAUCCGUGCUUCCGAAGGAUCUUUUUAUAGAUUACGUUUGUUGAUUAUUUUUUUAUUUUUGAAGCAAAGUAUCAACUUGUGUUGAAACGUUUAUCUUAUAUGCUUUUGUUUGGAUGCAAAACGUUUCUUUUCAAGGCAAUGUUGUUUUUGUUAUUUCUUUGUAGGAUACAGAACAUGAUAUAUACCAUUUAAUCUUUCGAUAUAUGUAUACGCUACUGUAUGAAGCAGACUCUAUAAGCGAAAUGGUGCAUAUUGAUUUCUCAUCUAUAAAGGAAACUUCUCAAAAUUUAAUACAAUGUAUAAAUUUAAAUUUGUUGUUCGAGAGAAAUGUCAAGCCGGAACAAUAGCGAGAAUGACGAGAGCAAGUAAAUGUUUACUUACUUAUUUCAAGGGAAGCCCUUUGUAGUCAGCUGUCUGACUUUGGGUAGUUUUGAAUGUUGAUAUUUGAAAAACCCUUUAAUGUCAUAACUUAGAACUAUGUAUUACUACUUAUUCAAAUUAGCAUUUAGUUUGUGUUUUGGUUGAGUCAUUCCAACAAAUAAAUAAUAUUCCCUAUCAUAAUGUU